AUGGCAAAUGAAUGUGGAAAAGGGGACUCGAUGUUCACUCCGGUUCAUGAACCAUCUUGCGAUGACUUAUUCGGGAGGUAUAAUGAUCUAGCGUCAUUUUUGAAAUCCAGGCUCGAUACGACAAACAGAUCGUACCGUUUCAACAGAAAUACAUCGUAUCGUGCUGAAAGUACUUUUAGCCAGUCUGUCUUCAAAUUUGAUGAAGAUUUUGAUGAAAAUGGAAAAAAAAUCAGUAAAUCAAUGUUUGUUGGCUCUGAAAGAAACAACAAAAAUGGAGUUCAAACUUCAAAUUCGUCAAAGUUUACAGGUUGUUCGAAACUGAACCAAACAGGUUUAAAUGGGCAAUUUCUAGGCAAACUUGAUAAAACCAGUAUUCAAGUAAAAUUUCAAAGGGCGACACCAAACAAAACUUUCGUGAAUGCAGAGGAAUCGAGUAUGAAGAAGAAGAAACGUUACUUUCCGACGCUAUGGCCUGAUGAUUCAGAAAAUACUCUCCAAUCAUUUGCAGACGAGACCUUCGACGAGAGAGCUGACAUGUUGGCAACAAGUUUUCACAAGAAUCGGUCAUUUUUUGAGAAACUUAUCGAUGACGAUGAUGCAACAGACGCAAUGAAUAAUACUUUGGAACAAGCUGGUGAAAAUGAAAAAAUUAACGAAGGAAGACUUCAAAAAGAUUCAGGCGCAGUGCCAAGAAAAAGCAAGAUUCCAAUGUUAUCAGCAACCAUUAGAUCCAAACUUUAUGAAAAAUAUCGGAUGGAUGCUUAUGAAAUAGGGAGAGGGAGAAAGAGCAAAAACAAAUACAUUUAG